UUUUUUUUUUUUAAAUAGAAAAUUCCUAGGGUCUGGUCUUGGCGUGUGGCAUAGGCAUCGCAGUGUUUGAACGUUGAAGGGGCGUAGAGGCAGAGGCAUUCACUGUAUAACCGAACCGAAUCGAAUCCAUUUUGUUCGUUUGAGUCUCCGAUCGUGAAAUCCACGGCAACAAUGGUGAGAGGAUUGCUCAACAAGCUCGUCUCUCGCUCCCUCUCCGUCGCCGGCAAAUGGCAGCACCACCAGCUCCGCCGCCUCAACAUCCACGAGUAUCAGGGAGCUCAAUUGAUGAGCAAAUACGGAAUCAACGUUCCGAGAGGUGCAGCUGUUUCCUCUGUUGAAGAAGCCAAAAAGGCUAUCAAGGACGUAUUUCCUGGUGAAAAUGAGUUGGUGGUUAAGAGUCAAAUUUUAGCUGGUGGACGUGGCCUGGGAACUUUUAAAAGUGGCCUUAAGGGAGGAGUGCACAUUGUUAACACUGACCAAGUUGAAGACAUUGCUGGGAAGAUGCUUGGACAGAUACUGGUUACCAAACAGACUGGUCCUCAGGGAAAAAUUGUUAGCAAGGUUUAUUUGUGCCAAAAACUGUCACUUGUGAAUGAGAUGUACUUUGCUAUAACACUGGAUCGUAAGAGUGCUGGACCACUUAUUAUUGCUUGUAGAAAGGGAGGAACCAGCAUUGAAGACCUUGCAGAGAAAUUUCCAGACAUGAUUGUAAAGGUACCAGUUGAUGUUUUUGAAGGAAUUACUGAUGAAGAUGCUGCAAAGGUUGUUGAUGGUUUGGCUCCCAAAGUGGCUGACAGAAAUAAAUCAAUUGAACAAGUGAAGAAUUUGUAUAAACUUUUUGUUGAUUGUGACUGCACUCUUUUGGAAAUCAAUCCCAUAGCGGAGACAGCUGAUAACCAAUUGGUGGCUGCUGAUGCUAAGUUGAAUUUUGAUGAUAAUGCUGCGUAUCGCCAGAAAGAGAUAUUUGCUCUUCGUGAUACAACGCAAGAGGAUCCUCGAGAGGUGGCUGCUGCAAAGGCAGAUUUAAAUUAUAUUGGGUUAGAUGGAGAAAUUGGCUGCAUGGUGAAUGGAGCAGGGUUAGCAAUGGCCACAAUGGAUAUUAUUAAAUUGCAUGGGGGUACUCCUGCCAAUUUUCUGGAUGUAGGUGGGAAUGCCUCUGAAGGCCAGGUCGUUGAGGCAUUUAAAAUAUUGACUGCUGAUGACAAAGUGAAGGCAAUUUUGGUCAACAUUUUUGGGGGUAUAAUGAAGUGUGACGUUAUAGCGAGUGGCAUAGUGAAUGCUGCAAAACAGGUUGCACUCAAAGUCCCAGUUAUAGUUCGUCUCGAAGGCACCAAUGUUGAUCAAGGCAAAAGAAUUUUGAAGGAAAGUGGUAUGGCAUUAAUAACGGCUGAAGAUUUGGAUGAUGCCGCUCAUAAAGCAGUGAAAGCGGCUUACAAAUGAGCGGUUACUUCUGUUCAAAUUUAAAAAUCAGUUUAGUUACAGCAUUAUUUUUUGUGUUAAACUUAUUGACGAGAAGGGAAUUGAUGCGAGAAAUCUUCUUAUUGAAGCCACGGUGCUCAUCAAAGCGUAUCCAAUAAGUUAGUGCUUUCCAAAUUGUAGUUCAUUUGGGUUGAAGCACGUAGUUGAUAUUAGGCUUCGUUCACACAAUUCAAGAUACUGGUCCAUUCCUUUCUAUUUUUUCCUGGUUGAAUUCUCUUUGUGCAAAUAACAUGGAAAUACUUGUCUUUCAGUUAGACAUGGUGGCUCAUUAAGUGGCCAAACCUGCUGAUUUUCAAUUGACAAUUUUCAAUUUUGAAUGUUUAAUUGGUCUUUUAGUUGCAAUUUUUUUAUCUUACAUUCUAAUUUCCUGUAGAACAACUAACCAU